CCGAAAUCUGAAAUUAUCUAAAAUAAAAAAAUGAAAUAAUUGUAGUUGUUGACGAAAAGCUAGAAAUGUACCUUCUAGAUAAAUGUUGAAAGUUCCUUUUAUUGUAUGCACAAAUUAUAUAAUUUAAAAUCGUUUUGACUGGGUGAACGCAUCCCCAUAGUCAGGUUGCCAUGUUGCCACCCUUCAGUAAGUUGUAAUUGGUAAUCUACAACGUAAACAUGGCGUUUUGGCGUCCGCCUUUCAUUCAUAAAAAAAAUGUUAAGAGUUGAGAAGCUGGCGAAGGGGUGUGAUGAAUUUUGGUUAGGAGUCGAAGGUACGGGAAAAUGGACUGGUGUGGGGCAGUGCCUUGCUUUUAGUGGCAGAGGGACAUGCAGUCUGAGCCUAGCCGGUACAUCCAUUCGGUGUCUGAUCUUUUGUAUAGUACUGACGAAAUUGAAUUUUUACUUGACGAUAUUAGAGACCUGGAGCCUAAAAACUAUAAACCUGAAGAUAUUCAGGCCCCCGAUGGUAUGAGUUGUGUGUUGCAGGACUUUGAGAUAGCGGGCAGCAGGACGGGGGCCCUAAGCGCUGAGUGUGCGGGAGGUUGUGAGUGCGAAUCACCCCUUGGUACAGUCAACUCCUGGGACUCGCACUCUCACUACCGCCGUCGCGCCGCCUCGCCCGAUCUGUCCCUAUAUUCGGGAGUUAUCGUCUAUUGCGACCACACUCACCUCAAGACGCCCACAGGGUUCUGCAGGUUACUGCUGCUGAUAACGACCUUAGCUUGCUUAGCAUGUUUAUGUACGUCUGGCACGGUGAAGGUGGGGCUUUUCAUGCUUCCAUUAGUGGGGCGACUACGUCUGAUGAUGUUCGUCACACUUUUAAGUAUCUUUGUUACGUGUCUUCUACUGUUUCUUGAUAUAUCCCACAUCAUAUACUUGUUUCCAUUUAACUGGGGAAAAGUGAAUGCAUAUUUUUAUGUAAGCCUUAGUGUGUUGUUCCUCGUAGCUUCUUCACUGAUUUUUCACAUGAUCUUCUUAUCAGAGGCCUUUUCUUGGGUCCCAAAAUGGACACGUCACCAAUUAUUAAUCACUGGUACUCUAGGAUAUGUUUGCUGCCUGCAAUCAGCAAUAAUAUCUCUAAUCCAGAAAUGCCAAAUUGGUUAUUAUGAGCCUGUUGAUGAGGACCUAAGUUUCAAUUUGCAGGAGAGGCAAACCUCUCCUCCAGGUUCGACACAACACAAAGUGAACCAAACAACGCACAAUUACAAGCCUAUUGUGAAUUACCCACCAGUAGUUGCGUCCACAUCUAGGCAGGAACCAGUAAAUUACCUCGACGACGUUCAGCCCUGUUCGUCCAAAAGUUCUGACCCCUACAGGCUAGCAUGAUAGUUAAGGACUUUCUUAAUAAUUCUUCAGUGAGAUAUUAGUCUGUUUAUAUCACAACAGAG